AUUUUUCGCAAAAAUAAAAUAUUUUGUGAAAGAGUUUCAAUUAUGAAUCAUAAAAUGAAAUAUCUUGCUCUUUUAACAGUUCUUUUAAUUUUCAAGGUACACGAGAUUAAUGCUACCUCUGUUACAAUUCCUGGCUAUACUUAUUGGAUUAAAUGUCUUACGACUGAUCAAACUAAAUCAUCUACUCAAAUAAGCUAUGAUAUUACUUCGAAAAACGGCACAACCCCAUCAACAUAUUCAGCACCUACCACUAUAGAUAUGAGUGGAUUUGGAUAUGAGUACUCUUAUCUUCAACAUGCUUCGAUCUUGGAUGCUGUCUUAAUGUCUUAUUCUGGUCCCACAUUCACCGUUUCUAGCUCAACUACUCCUGUUGAUUUGGGUGGUUUUUUUGUGUAUUUAUUAGAUAAUUCUCGUAGUCCAACUGCUGACCCUCUUUGCGGAUCUACGACUUCUUUUGUUGGAUCAUGUACUCAGCAAAAAUCUGACUUAAAUUCUGAUUGGCUAUUCCCUCAUUUUACUAUAACGUGGUAUUGUCUUCGCUUCAGUGGUGAAGAAAAGCCAAACGUGAGAGGACCAAUAAAUCUGAGCAAACGCAUAGAUAGAUGCUUGACUACUUGGCACUAUGAAGUUCUUAUGGGACCAGCCUUCAGGAUCGAAUUGUAG